AUGGUGACUGGACGGCGAGAGGAUGUGGCCAUGGCAAGACGCGAGAUCAUUUCCGCGGCAGAACAUUUCUCUAUGAUCAGAGCUUCCCGUAACAAAGCCGGCACUGCGUUCGGCAGCGCCCCGACCCUCCCCGGUCAAGUGACUAUCCGAGUGCGAGUCCCGUACAGAGUGGUGGGUUUGGUGGUGGGACCCAAGGGCGCUACUAUUAAACGGAUCCAGCAGCAGACCAACACCUACAUCAUCACGCCAAGCCGCGACCGAGACCCCGUGUUCGAGAUCACCGGGGCUCCGGGAAAUGUGGAACGCGCUCGGGAGGAGAUAGAAACGCACAUUGCGGUACGCACCGGAAAAAUCCUCGAGUACAACAACGAGAAUGACUUUCUCUCCAGCAGCCCGGACUCCGGCAUGGAAAACCGAUACCCGGAAAGCUGGAGGGUUCACGGCACGGCAGCCGGAUGCAAGCCUCUCUCGACUUUCCGGCAGAACAGCCUCGGCUGCAUCGGCGACUGCCCGGCGGAACCAGUUUACGAGACGCCAAGGCUCAACGAUCAAAACGAAUUCAACUACGGAUACCUGUUCCCCAACUACAAGCAAGAGGUGUACUACGGCGUGGCCGAAACCGGAGGUCCUAUGUGGGGCGGUCAGGAGAACAACAGCUCCACGCCAAGCAUUUUCACUAAGCAACAGCGUUCCGGGAGUAGCGGUACAAUCCAGACCAACUCUACGCAGCGGUCUCCGGAAUCUGGCCUUACUAGCUUGCCGAGGAGGAGCCAAGGGGAAGCUCUUCAAGGCUUCACCAAGAUCAACGCCACUCGGACCUCCGUUUCGGGAAGCCGGGAGUGCAUGGUCUGCUUCGAAAGCGAGGUCACAGCUGCACUUGUUCCCUGCGGACACAACCUCUUCUGCAUGGAAUGCGCCGUCCGCAUCUGCGAGCGGAACGAACCCGAAUGCCCCGUUUGCCAUGCAUCUGCCACUCAGGCUAUCAGAAUAUUUUCUUAA